AUGGCGCCCAUACGCCGCUAUCUUCGCAUUACGAAAUUCUCAGUGCUUGAGGUCCGCAUCUACCUCGACAAUCCGGCCCUCGCCCAGUCAUGGCUGCUCAAUCCCCGCGCUCCUGUCCUUCCGAGGGUCAUCGAGGCUGUGCGACCACUGGUACUGCCCAAACUGCGUGAGGAGCGAGAAAGGUCUAGAAAGAAGAAUGACUUCGAGGUCGCCAUCUUUUUGACAGAAACUGACACUCGACACAGCAUUCUGUACAAGGACAAACGGUUUCGCGACAAGACGCAGACCAGGCUGCGCUCAAACUCCAAGAAGCUGACUGGGGGCGACUCUGCCGACGCGGCCAUCAAUCUGGAAGGGGAUGACGAUGCAGCGGACUCCAACAGUGACGUUGAGGUCAUACAGGCGGCUGACGGUGAUGAAAUCCCCAUGAUCCGUCGGGAAGAUAGCGACGACGACGCAGCUGUCGCAUUGCACAACAUACCAGCAGCCCCUGAUGCUGGCGCAAUAGUCAGCGAAGGGCGCGGGACCAAGCGGAGGCGGCAAUCAACGGUCACGGCAAUCAAUAACAAUGACAAUGGCGAUAAUGAUAAUGACUUUGAGAUCGUCGAUAGCGAUGACGAAGAUGACGACUUGGAAUCAGAGUCCUCACGUCCUACGCGGACCAAGCGUGUAAAGCAGCCCGCCGCUGAUGCCGACGAAAAGAAAAAGAAGCUCGCUAUGGACAUAACAUACAAUAGCUUUGCCAUAUACGGGCGAGUUCUGUGUCUCGUGGUCAAGAAGCGUGGCGCGGGAAACAACAGCAAUCAGUCGGCUGCUGCAGCUGCAUCCGGACAUGGCAAAGCGGCCGCAGCGAGCAGCCGAGCAGCAGGUCAGGCCAGGAUGGAGAACUGGAUCGCUUCGACUCAAAUCAUGCCGGUGGCCGACCAAGGAGAAGAGGGGGCAUGA